AUGGCGGGUGAGUCCUCGGAGGACAAGACCAUGGGAACCAGGAGCAUCAGUGGUGGGCUGUGGCGAGGCCGCCACCUUGCCUGCGUCGUCAUCCAGAGGUCGCCUGAGCUCAUCGUUCUGGCCUGUGCUACCCUGGCCACCCUGGCCACCCUGGCCACCCUGGCCGCCCUGACCACCCUGGCCACCCUGGCCACCCUGGCCGCCCUGGCCACCCUGGCCGCCCUGGCCGCCCUGGCCACCCUGGCCACCCUGGCCACCCUGGGCACCCUAGCCACCCUGGCCACCCUGGCCACCCUGGCCACCCUGGCCACCAUGGCCACUCUGGCCACCCUCACUUUGCCCGUGGCUAGGAGACCUGGAGCGCUCUGUGGUGGCAGCCGGCGGCGGGGAGGCCGGACCCUCCCGCCCCCAGGCGCCUUCAUCCCCGGCGUCCCCGUGCAGCCCGUGGUCCUGCGCUACCCCAACAAGCUGGACACCAUCACAUGGACGUGGCAAGGGCCUGGCGCGCUGGCCAUCCUGUGGCUCACCCUGUGCCAGCCCUGCAGCCGCGUGGAGGUCGAGUUCCUGCCCGUGUACCGGCCCUCGGAGGAGGAGAAGCAGGACCCCGCGCUGUUCGCCCGCAACGUGCGGCGGGUCAUGGCCGAGGCCCUGGGCGUCCCCGUGACCGACUACACGUUUGAGGACUGCCAGCUGGCCCUGGCCGAGGGCCAGCUGCGCCUCCCUGCGGACACCUGCCUGCUGGAGUUCGCCAGGCUGCUGCGGGGACUGGGGUGAG